CAAAAAAAAAGAAGAAAAAAGAAGCCAGCUAUCAAAAUUUAUCCACACACACACCACAAGAAGAACCACGCCGUCGCGCAUUUCUCAUUUCAUUUGUUCAUUGUUCUUGUUGGCUCUAUUUCUUGUUAUUUUUUUACCCCUUAUCGGCAUUAUAUUAGUUCCAGAAUUCAUAUCAUCCAAAUUUACCGAAUUUUUUUUCUGUUUUCCUUUCAAAUUUGUUAGAAAUUUUUUUCUUCAAACCCGAACCUUGAUCAAUUUUUUUUUGCAAUUUGUAAUAGAACAAUAUUAUCAUAAUGGAUGAAGGUGAUGAUUACUCGUCCGCUAAUGCAGGUGCAUCAAAAACUUAUCCAGUACAAUGUUCAUCACUUCGUAAAAACGGUUUUGUCAUGAUCAAAGGUCGUCCAUGUAAAGUCAUGGAAAUGAGCACUUCAAAAACUGGUAAACAUGGCCAUGCUAAAGUACAUCUUGUUGGUUUAGAUAUUUUUACCAAUAAAAAAUAUGAAGAUAUUUGUCCGUCAACUCAUAACAUUGAUGUACCAAAUGUUUCUCGUAAUGAUUUCCAACUUAUCGAUGUCAGUGAUGAUGGAUUUGUCACACUUAUGAAUGAUAAAGGCGAUACUCGUGAUGAUCUUCGUCUUCCAGAAGGAGAACUUGGUCAAAAAAUUCGAGAAGAAUUCGGUAAAGAUGACACCACUAUUAUCGUUACUGUCAUGUCUGCUGUUGAUGAAGAAGCUAUUAUCGCUUGCAAGAACACUACCAACUAAAAUCAAAUGCGGAUGAAAAUUAACAAGAAAAA